AGACAACGGGCGGAGGGAGUUAUUGCAUUUCGAACACAGGACCGUGCUUGUCGUUACUUCAUUUGCAAAAUUUAUAAUUUUAAAAUAACUCACUAUGUGCUUGGCGAGAGGGUACACCGAGCGACCAGGAAUGGCGCCCGUCUCCUACACCAAGGAUCGGCCUCUGAUCUUCAACUUCGAGCCCAUCACCGAGCCGAAACCCAGAGUCCCAGGCAAGAAGCGCAGGCGGCGAGUUCUCUACCCCGUCCACCCGGUCAGGAAGGUUCCUGCUCAGACUGAUGUGGCAAAGAGACUGUUCUUCAUCUUCCUCUCCGUGGUCAUCCUACAAGUGUACUGCACGAUCGAGGACGAGCCCAGCCUCAGUCCGGUGGAGGCGAGCAGGCCCAGUGACCAGGCUUGGUCUGGUGACAUCUUCUCGACUGCGUCUACAGCCACUGAAGCUCACUGCGUCCACCAGCUUCUGUGGAGAGACUUGCGGCAGUCCCUCUAUGCCCUGCGAUGCCCCCUCGAGGAUUCCCAGUUGGGUGUGUGAAAUUGAACCAGUGCCCAUGGACUGAAACAUAUUUAAUCUUGUCCAGUCAUGGUUUUGAACCACGUUGAUAUGUCUGAUAUUGAAUCAUUGCAUGUUGAUUAAUGUAAACUGCAAUUCCGAUGUUCGCUAUCCAAUAAAUGAUAUCCGCUUAUGUUGGAGGGUCUCACACCAUAACUCAUUGGGACACUGGUUCCCACACUCCCUCCGUGUUCCCCAAUCCCACCCGAAUCUCUGGCUGCUGCACAGGUAGAUGCAACAGAGGCUUUUAGUCAGAGCAUGAAUGUGCUGGGAAUGGAGUGAUAUAGUUCUUCUGCAGGCAGACGUGGCAUUGCAUUCAGCACAGACAUUGUGGGCCGAAUGGCCUGUUCCAGUACUGUACUGUUCUAUAUUUUAUGUUCUUAACUCACCUUCCCUACCAGUCCUCCAGAGCCUUGUUCCUGUGCUACACUGACUUACAUUCUCUCUCUGCACAUGUGACCCAUUGAAGAUUCCAGUCACACACAACAGGCCCUUCAGCCCACUGAGCCUGUUCUGACAAUUAACCAGCAAUUUACAAUGCCAUUCUCUCCAUAUUCAAAUCAUCUACCAUUCAUCGAUAUAGCACUAGGGGGUGAUCAGCAUUUUUAGGACUUGUGUGGAAACUGCAGACCCUGAGGGAACCCAUGCGGUCACAGGAACAGUUUACAAUCUCCACACACAGACAGCACCCCAGCACCCAAGGUUGGGAUCGAACCGAGGUUUCCGGGGGGGGGGGGGGUGAGGCAGUGGCUCUGACGGCUGCACCACUGUGCCACCCUAAGCUGAGUAUAUAAAAACACUGAUUACAGGAAUAGGCUAAUUGCCCCCAAAAAACAUUAUUUACCUAUCAUCCACUUUAAAUCAUGUUGUCCUCCCCAAACCCUUUGAGCUCUUUCAAGUGAUAAAAUCCACUCAUACUUUCUGUUUUUGCUUUACAGCAUUCAGUGUGUGUUGUAUCAGUUAUUUGAUAAUUUACAGGAUCAUGCUAAAUAUGUUGAUCAUUUAAAUUAUUUUUCUAUUAUUUAAUUACACGAUGUUUAAUUAAUUUAUUAGACUUAUGUAUGCUAUUUCACCUUGUGUUUGUAAGGCCUGUUAAACCCUGACUUGCACAUGAAGAUAUUCACUCUGAACUGACUUCACCAGUUUGGUGAGGAAGUGUGCCUUUGUAACAGAGAAUGUGGACAGACACUGUCACCUGUACAAAUGUUCUAUGAACAGCUACAACAAAGCAGAGACUUUAUUUAAAUCACCAUUGUGGGGAUAAAGACGUUACCAUGUC